GGAUGGAGUUCGGUGUGAUGAGCGUACUGGUCAUGUCAUCCAGAUUGAUCUUCAAGGUAAGUAUCUGUCCGCCAAGGUUAGAUAUUCUAGCAUUCCAUUCAUUGAUGAGCUCCCCUACUUGAAGUAUUUGAAUCUUAUUGAUAACCCCGGGUUGCUCGCACCCCAGAAUAUCUCAUCCUUGAUUGGGAAUCGCAAUAAUCGUAGCUCUGCUAUAGUUUCCCUUCAACAUCUGAAACUUGGAAACAAUGCAAUUGUUGGCAGCAUUCCUGAAGAUUUUGGAAACACCAUGCCAGCCCUCAGGCACCUUGAUCUCAGCUGGAAUAGGUUACAAGGUUCUAUUCCUGAAGAUUUUGGACACAGAAUGCUUGCUCUCACGCACCUUGAUCUCAGCUCGAAUAGUUUAGGAGGUUACAUUCCCAAAAAAUUUGGAAACAACAUGCUUGCCCUCACGCACCUUGAUCUCAGCAAAAAUAGCUUACAAGGUUCCAUCCCUGAAACACUUGGAAAGAUGGUUAAGAUGACUUCCCUUGACCUGCACAUGAAUUGGUUGGAAGGUCACAUUCCUGAAGCUCUCGGGAAUAUGUCUGCCCUUGAAGCUCU